ACUCGUAUCGAAUCAGAUCGAAGCUCAUCGAUCUUCAAGAAGUAGGAGCCACUGAUAAUGAGUUGCCUCAUUCUUGCCGCCUAUCUCGAUCCUUCGCUCUAAUGUCUUACUACACCCAGUCCUCGUCUUCAUACUCGCCAUCAGCCGAAUACGAGCACGAGAGGCUCGACGAAUAUAAAAGACUCCAGCAAAGAGUGUACUAUCGCAACAAGAAGUUCAAAGACGAGGUCAAGUGGCACCCGUCCUGGACCCAGGAAGAACUCCUCGCCCGUCAAUACGAACACGCCGCCUACAUUAAGGAAUAUGUCGCCGGUCAAGAGAAGUUUAUCAAAGAAAGGCUUGAGUCUCUCAAGCGAGCACACGAAAGAUAUUGGCAGCAGAACAUGCAUGACGGUACCUACACCCAUGGGUUCGAGAGCAAAUCUUCCGAGUACUUGCAUCAGGAGUUUUUAGAAGACAGAAGACUCAAAGAGAGGAUUCGCUAUCGCAACAGCAAGUUCAAAGAGGAAGUUGCAAGGCAUCCAGAGUGGUCACCUCAAGAGCUCCUUAAACGAACACACGCACACGAGGAAUUCAUCAGCGACUAUACUGCAAAAGAGAAACGGGACAUAAAGCACCGCUUGAAGGUGUUUGAGGAGGACGAAAUGCGACGCGCAAAAGAGGAGACUAGGAAACGGGCUGAAGAUACAUUCAGGGACGAGCGAGCAGGGCAAGGGUGGUACCAACAACAACAGCAACAAGAAGAAGACGCGAAGAGACGUGACGAGAAAGCUUAUGCUCGACAGCAGUGGUACAACUGUUUCGAUGGAGACAAGAAGUACUACGAAUCCCAGCAGAGCCGAAGGGAGGACGAUACCCGAAGGCGCGCGCAAGACCGGGCCCAGGAUAACAGGCGACAAACUUUCGAGAAUGAGCGACAGAGAAAGGAGAAGGAAUCAAAGGAAAGACAGCAGAAACAGGCGGAGGAAAGAGAGCGCCUUAAAGAACUGCGCUACAAGUCGUAUGAAGACGGUUGGUCUUCUGGAGCUGCUUGGAAGACGAAAACAAACAUUCUCUUCAACGAUAUUCCCUGGCCGACGCUGCAUCACCCCCAAUCCGCAGACGCUGUCACUUCCGAAGCAGUGACAGCUUUUUUCAAUGAUCCCAAGUACCUUGCUCCAGCACACUGGAUAUCGCGCAAGAAACGACUUCGCACAGAGCUCCUGAGAUGGCAUAGCGACAAAUUCCAGGCCGUGUUGAAGAACGUCGCAUACAGCGAUCAGUUGGUUGUUCAUGUGGCUGCAGAGGUGGUUGUCAGAGCGCUGAAUGAAUUGAAAGGGUAGAUUAGAGUUGAAAUUUUUAUAAUGCGCCGUUACUUUGAAACUUCUUGCUAGAAGAUUCGCUUUUUUU